GGACAAUUCAUUUAUCCUAAAAAAAAAAACAAAAGCGUUUAAAAUGGUAAGCCAUUAGGCUUUGAGAAUUACUCGGAAACAUAGCAUUUUCACACCUCUUAAACCAUCCCACUCUUCCUUACCAUUUUCCCUUGCGGGUCCCUUUCUUCUCAGAGGCCCCCCAAUAUUUUUACCUUCCAAUCACCACCACCAUUUUGCAGCUUUCUUGCUUCUUCUUCUUCUUCUAACCGGCCAGCCACCGUCCCUCCUUCUUCCCCCCUCUUUCUCUCUUAUCAUCAAUCUCUGAAAUUUGUUGACUAUUUAUUUCUCUUUUGAUUCUAUUUUUCUUUGGAAGCACAUUUUAUAAAAUCAUUCUAAAUUAAAGAAAGAUACCCAAUAAAGAACUCAACGAAAAUGUAUCGGAACGAGUGAAAUAAAAAGAAUUAUAGCGAGAAAAAGACAGAGAUGGAGAUCGAGAUUGGGAGAGGGGGGAGAGAAAUAGGUGAGUUAAGUAUGUAAAAGGAAAAUACACACAAAAAUAUCACCGGGGCUUACCAAGACCAGUGAGCCUUAAAGGGAUAUUUUAGAAGAAGAAGAGGAAGAAGAAUAGUGUGAAGCGUGUGAGACAUAGAUAAUAAAAAGAUUAGGCAAGUUUUGGGAUUUGGGUAUCGAUUAUUUGUCGGGUUUCUCUUUUUUUUUUUUUCUGGUAUUUCUUUCUUGUAAUGACCCCUUACAACAACGGCAGUGCACAGAGCGAAGGUGGGUCAUCAGGUUCAAGCGGAGGAAAGUGUGUGAGUGGGCCAGACGGGGCCAUUUUGAAGAAAGGACCAUGGACAGCGGCGGAGGAUCAUGUUCUAAUGGAGUAUGUAAAGAAACACGGCGAAGGGAACUGGAAUUCAGUUCAGAAGUAUUCUGGGCUCAAUCGUUGUGGCAAGAGUUGUCGUCUCAGGUGGGCCAACCAUCUUCGACCAAACUUGAAGAAGGGUUCCUUUACCCCUGAGGAGGAGAGACUCAUUCUUGAACUUCACGCCAAGUAUGGCAACAAAUGGGCUCGCAUGGCCGCCCAAUUGCCUGGACGAACGGACAACGAAAUCAAGAACUAUUGGAACACAAGGGUGAAGAGGCGCAAACGACAAGGGUUACCUCUAUAUCCACACGACAUUCAACACCUCUCUCCAACGAGCUCACUCACCCCAAUAAUCCAAUCUCCAACGACACCAACGACACCAUCGUUUCCCUUCCAGAGCCAAGGCCAUGUCCCAUUCUCGCCCACUCCGCCAUCCCAUUCUCCUAUGUCUUCUCCAAUCCAACCUUUCCCUAGUUUGACCUCUCCUUCCUCUUUUGAACACAACAACUCUUCUUUCACCUUCUCAAACCCUUCAUCCUUCACUUUCCAAAGACCUGUUCCCGUUCUCGGUGCCCCUGUUCGUUUCAAGUCGUUUCGCGACUCAAAUGGGUUUUCUCUCCAAACCCAACAACAAAGUCCUUGUCCACCUUCUCUUGACCAGUACACGCCGAACCAGUUGAGCGAUUCUGGUUGUUUUCAGUUUCCGUUGAAUUUUGACCCAACUUUACCUCAAAAUAUUGGAACCCAUUUCGAUUCUGAGCUUAUGAAUUCCUCUGGUUCAAUCCGCUCGGUGAAGUCGGAGCUCCCUUCAAGCCAAUUUACCCAAAUUCAUUCGGAAAUUACGUGUAAUAAUAAUAACAGCAACAGCAACAGCAACAAUAACAAUACUAAUAAUAAUAUUAAUAAUUGUAACUCCAAGGUUGUAAGCUCAGCAACAACCCAGAGAAAUGGUGGGUUGCUGGAGGACCUUUUAGAGAAUCUGUUGGAGGAAGCCCAGAGGUCUGUUGAGAGCUCUUCAGAAACAAUGCCAAAGCAAGAGUCUAAAGGUCAGGUCAACUGCUUGCCAGAAGACUUAUCAAAGCUGUUAAAUUUCGUGCCUGCUAAUCUUCAGGCUCCAGAAUGGUAUUGUGAUAACAGUGAAAACUCCAGUGGUCAAUGUUUAGGUGUUACAGAUCAUAAUCUUUGUCUCGACAUGCAGCAUUUAGCUUCACUAUUCCCUAUCGCCUCUGCAGCUGACUGUGGGCAAAACCCUGCCUCUUGGGACAACUUGCCUGACAUUUGCAAAGGGUGGUUUAAAAAUACUUGAAUGAUGAGAAUUAUGAAACCUAUUAUUAUUAUUUAACGAAUAAAAUAAAAUUAUUUUAAAUGGUAAUUAAUAAAGCUCUACACUAUAAUUUGUUUGGUCCAAAUCUUUUAAAUGUUGAAGCCAUAUGGCCAAACUAUACUUAAUAAAAUAACAGUAUGAUCAUUUCUUUUAUCAAUAAAA